ACAUGGAACAAGCACAACCUGUUCGAUGAUGAGAAAGAAGCAGAGAAAUUUCUCGGGGUGAUCGAUUCGGUGUUCAUGUUUUCCUAUGCGGUGGGUCUGUUUCUCAGUGGCAUGAUUGGCGAUAGGGUCGAACCUCGCAUUCUCCUCUCCGUCGGAAUGCUUUUGACAGGAAUUGUGGGCUGCAUUCUUAUACUAUAUUCCACUUGUACACCAACAAGUCGGUUCUCUGCAUCUGAUAUGAAAUUACGCGCAAUUUUACUGACUGCAAUGCAAAGCAAUAAUAUAUUUCAGAAUAUACUGUUCGGGUGCGUUACGGAGUGGUGGGAAUUUUAUUCGAAACCAUUCUACGUAUGCUUAUGGCUGUUGAACGGCCUGGCACAAUCCACCGGGUGGCCGGCUGAAGUGUGCAUCAUGGGCAAUUGGUUCGGCAAGGCCAGCCGAGGUUUCAUUUUUGGCAUAUGGUCGUCGUGUGCAUCAGUUGGGAACAUCAUUGGAGCCGAACUUGCGUCCGCCAUCUUGCCUUUCGGAUAUGAGUACACGUUUUUGGCUAAUUCAAGCUUGCUGGUGGCAGGAGCGAUCAUAGUGUUUUUCGGCGCUGUUUCAUCUCCAGAGGACUUAGGCUUGACAGCGACUGCGGCUAACGACCGUAGCAACAGUAACUCCCAGAAGAGCUUGGUAGCGCAGAGUAGUACGGAAGAGAUCAACGAUAUGGAAGACGUUGACGAUGAUGCGAAGCCCAUAAGCCUGUUCCAGGCCAUUAUGCUACCAGGAGUAAUCGCGUACUCGCUGGCAUACACAUGUCUGAAGUUGGUCAAUUAUUCCAUCUUCUUUUGGCUGCCUUUUUACCUGACGAACAAUUUCGGAUGGCAAGAGGAACUGUCGGACACCAUUUCGACUUUCUACGACUGGGGCGGCAUCAUCGGUGGCGUUUUGGCUGGCGUGCUGUCGGUUGGUCGAUCCGUUAGCGUAACUUCUUCCUUGUACAACGCUUAA